CGACAACCACCAUGUCUCGCUCGAUUGUUAUCAUUGGAGGUGGUAUAAUCGGCACUUCGACGGCUUACUAUUUGACUCGCCAUCCUGCCUACAAUCCUGCCAACGUAGCCAUACAUAUCGUCGAAGCGAGUCACAUUGCCGCCGGUUCGUCUGGAAAAGGGGGUGGCUUCUUGGCGGAGGAUUGGCAUCAGCCAUAUACAGCCUCUCUCGGGCGACUGUCGUUCCGCUUACAUGAAGAGUUAGCGAGGGAGUACGGCGGGGACCAGUUGUGGGGAUACCGCCGUGUCAAGACCCUCAAUCUCGAGAUCAAUGCUACUGGCCCCGCUAGCAAGAAGACAAAGUCACUAGACGGCUCCGAGUGGCUUGGAAAGGUCGAGGACAUCAGUGUGAUCGGGGAUGUGAGGACCACUGCACAAGUCACGCCAUAUCCCAUGACCACGUUCCUUGCCGAUAAAUGCAGGGAAGCAGGCGUGCAGAUAACAAUCGCCCUAGUGGAUGGGAUCGAGUUCGCGGAUGAUGGUUCCCCUCGAGGGCUGCGUGCAAGCAACGAGCAGGGCGAGACUUUCGCCUUCCCAGCCACGGAUAUCGUCUUCGCUGCCGGGCCGUGGACGGGCACGUUAGCAAAGAAGUUGCUAGGUAGGAGGGCCGGUGCCGCAGGAGGCAUCGUUCCGAGUGAGGCCUCCACGUCGAUCAUCAUGCGCCCGCCGAGCGACGCAACGAUCCCCCCCCAGGCACUCUUCUCCUCCAUCCGUAUGCCCGACGGUCGGUAUGGCAGUCCCGAAGUUUUCCCCCGCCCAGACGGGACAGUGUACAUCUGCGGUGCCGGGACUGGGGACGGCGUCGGCCUACCCACACGGGCAAAGGAGGUGGGCCCCUCUACUCGAGCCGUGGAACGCCUGGUAGAGUACAUGAACGUGAUCUCUCCGACCCGAUUCAAGGACGCGACGAUCGAAGUUCAGCAGGCUUGUUUCCGGCCCAACCCUCCCCGGGGAGGGAAUCCCGUCAUCGGUCAGCUCGAUAAGGGCUUGUGGGUCGCCUCGGGACACAAUGUUUGGGGACUGAAUCACGGUCCGGGCACAGGGAAAUGCAUGGCUGAGCUAAUCUACGAAGGCAGGGCACGGUCGGCGGACAUAUCUGGCCUGGCGCCCUCCACGCUGUAGAGGCAUGAACCAUCUACAACCUGCAUUUUAGGCUGCAAGUGCUGGCAUGGUCAAUUCAUUCGUAUCUGCGCAUGUAUGUAGAUCGUUCAACGGCAUUUGGUUUUUUUGGGUGCUGGACCCGGCGGUGUGCACCUUUGCAGGCGUGCUAGGACGGGUGGUACAUAAAG